UAUCCUGGGUGAACUGUGCUCAGCUAAAGUGACUGCCCCACUGUCACUGCCCCUCAGCUUGGUAUUCUCUAACUCUGUGACUUUCGAGAAGAUUUUUUCUCUCCCUAAAGUUUUCUCAUUUAUUUUUCUGGAAAAUUCCCUCCAAGAUCUGAAUUUUAAGCACAUUUACUUUAUAGGAAGCAACAGAAAGGCAACAUGUCGGCUGAAACACCAAUUACACUCAAUAUCAACCCUCAGGAUCUGAAGGUCCAAACAUUUACUGUAGAGAAACUACUGGAGCCACUCAUAAUCCAGGUUACCACACUUGUAAAUUGUCCCCAGAACCCUUCCAACAGGAAAAAAGGACGUUCGAAAAGAGCCAGAGUCCUUAUAGCUUCUGUGGAGGAAGCAACUUGGAAUUUAUUAGACAAAGGAGAGAAGAUUGCUCAGGAAGCCACAGUUUUAAAGGAAGAGCUUACUUCUGCACUUGGGGAAGUUCGCAAAGAAAGUGAAGCUCUGAAGAUAUCAGCUGAGAGAUUUACAGAUGACCCCUGUUAUCUCCCAAAAAGGGAGGCUGUAGUUCAAGCUGCCCGGGACUUGUUGGCUGCUGUUACCAGACUCCUUAUUCUCGCGGACAUGAUUGAUGUCUUGUGUCUGCUGCAGCAUGUGUCAUCUUUUCAAAGAACGUUUGAGUCUUUUAAGAAUGUUUCCAACAAGUCUGACCUCCAGAAAGCCUACCAGAAGCUUGGGAAGGAGUUGGAAAAUCUAGAUUAUUUAGCCUUCAAACGUCAGCAGGACUUAAAGUCUCCAAACCAGAGGGAUGAAAUUGCAGGUGCCCGGGCCAAGUUGAAGGAGAACUCCCCUCUCUUGCAUUCAAUUUGUUCAGCUUGCUUGGAGCAUUCAGAUGUUGCUUCCCUCAAAGCCAGCAAGGACACAGUUUGUGAAGAAAUUCAGAAUGCCCUCAAUGUGAUUUCAAAGGCUUCCCAAGGCAUUGAGAAUAUGGCAGCACCAUCUGAACCCCAGGCAGCCACCCUGGGAAGUGCACUUGAUGAACUGGAGAGUUUAAUUGUCCUGAACCCACUCACAGUGACUGAAGAGGAGAUAAGGCCAUCAUUAGAAAAGCGCCUUGAAGCCAUUAUCAGUGGGGCUGCUCUGCUGGCGGACUCCUCAUGCACAAGGGACUUCCACCGGGAGAGGAUCAUUGCAGAAUGCAACGCCAUUCGCCAGGCUCUUCAAGACUUGCUUUCAGAGUACAUGAGCAACCAAAAUCAUAGUCCUGUGAGGAGCAAUAAUGCCACAGAGUAAAAAAAGUGAUAGCUGAGGUAUGUAGGGUACUGUAUCUGUGUAUAAGGAGUAGAAUAUUUCUAUCUAUCGAUUGAUCUAUAGUGCUCUGAUUGGUUGAUUGUAUUAACUAUAUCGUUUAUCAUUUGUGGGUGCAAAAUAAAAAUAAUCGUUUAUGUUUGAUGGUAAUAUUAUUUUCCAAAUUAAUUUGCAAGAGUCAAUUUUGCUGAGAAGUGAUUCAAUAUUUACUUUACAGACUUUCACAAAGAUAAUACAUUUUGCUUUGAAAGUGAUUUAUUUAUUUGAAGAGUAAUCUAUCUCCUGCCACACUUUAGCAUUCUAAUGGUUAAUUGGUAUGAGCACAACAGACUGCUGGAUCAUUAAUUUUAAUUAUAUUGAGUCUAGUAAAUUAUUUAGAAAUCAUUUUCAAGAAUUACUUAAUUAAAAGUAUGAGUUUAUGUAAUCUACUUUAAACUUUAAAGAAAUCUAAUUUUAAAAUCCUUUAAAAAUUUAAAAAUUUGAGAUAUAAUCCAAGCCUUAAUACUCAAUUAUGAUAUUUUCCUAACAGCUAAGUUUUCAACUAAGAUCUAUUCUAAGAUCACAAGUAUGAGAUAAUACUUCAGAACUCAUAUGAAUUUGAAAAAUUUGAGAUGUUUGUAGUUUGAGUAUAAGGUAAAGGAGAAUAUUGCAAGACCGUAACAAUCUUUCUAGUGUAUUCUAUGUUAAAAGUACAUGAUAAGGGGCCAGGGGUUUAGCUCAGCAGCACAACUGCUUGCCUCGAAAGCUUGAGGUUGUACAUUUGAUCCCCCCCCCCAAAAAAAAUUAAAAGUACAUUAUAGUUAACUCCAAAGUGUAAUCAUAAAUUUAAAAAAUAAAUUGAGUUCCAUUUGAAAUGUCAUAGUUCUUGCAACAAAGUAUAUUUAGGAUAAAAAUAAAGAAAAAAACUUGGAUUUUAGUAAUUAUCUGUGUCUUUGCAAAUUUGAAUCUUAGUGCCCUUACUAUAAUAAGUAAGUAAUGAGUAGAGUCUUAUAAAAUGAAGGUCCAUUUAUCUUUGUAGUUAAAACGAAAUUUAAAUGAUGCAGACCCAUAUGAAUGCACUUUGUGCCUUAUUAAACAUAUUUUUUACUUCAGUUUUGCAACAAGAAAUAAAGCAGAAUGCUUUGUCUUGGCCUGGUGUUGCGAUAGAUGCUCAGAAUAUGCAAAGUGCUCAUCCCCAAGACUUGUGCAUGAAACAUAAUCUGUGCUGACACAUGCUUAACAAGUAGAAAACAGUUCCAUGUAAGAAAAGUUUAUUUUCUCCUCAACUAGUGCUGUCAAAUUUCCACUGAUUGACUCACCCACCCACUCACUCUUGUUUGUGCUCACUCCCUUCUCUAAUUAUCAAGGUAUUUUUCUAGUUUUAUGGUAUCCAUAUUUUAAAGUUCUGAUGCCUACCAUCUUUAGUUGUAUCUGUGUCUUAACUCUUAUCGGAACAUGUCCUUUUUGAAUGUAAGUAUCUAAUACCACCUAUAUUUUUCAAUGCUUUUUAUUGUCUCACAUGGUCUUUUAAACCCAGUAAAAAAUAGUUGGAUGAAAUUGGAGAGGAAGAGUAUUUGAGAUAGAAUGGGAAAAUAUGAAAAACUUCCAAACCAGCAUGACUGGGCUUUAUGUGCAUCACAUAACUGAGAUAAUGUGUUAAAGUCUAAUUGUGUAAGAUCUUGGUCAUUAUGACUCUAGGUUAGAGGUGAUGGAUUAAAAUGAAUUACCAAAAAUCUAUAGUAAUGAUGUGGCACAUAGCACUGUAUUAUGUUUGAAAUCUUUAUUUUUAUUUUAUCUCUAUUAAAUUAUCAAUUAUUAAUUAUAUUUUAUAAAAUUUAUUUUAUUUAAUUUGCUGUUUAUUUUAUUAUGGAAUAUAUUAAUUAUAUAUUUGAUAUAUAUGGCUUUUAAAUGAUUUAGUAUAAAUAAAAUAGUUAUUCCUUAUUUGAUGUUCUUCAUCCUAUAGAUUUCACAGUUAUGCCAAUCUUUGCCAUCCAGUACUUUUUACAUCUGCUUUUUAAAAACUCUUUAGUGCCUCCUAGAAUAAUUGCUCAUGAUCUCCAGGAGUUUGACACACCUGCCAAAUUAGCUUUUCUAGUAAUGGACUGUGCCAUGGACCCUUCUGUGUUAACCUCUGUUUUAUUUUUGUAGUGCCAGUGAAAAGUGAUGUUUCUCUCUUACUGAGGCAAAGCAAAAUGCCCCAAACUGUGUUCAUUUACAUGCAAAUGUUUCUGCACAGCUCGAUGCCUGCUAAAUUGGUGCUGUUGCCAGGUAGUGAUGAGACCCAACUAGUGACUAUAGCUCAAAAGCCCCAGUAAUCUUGGUGUUCUGUUUCCAAAUCUGUUUUUUCAUACUGUUGUGCAAUAAGGUGCAGUUGCUAAUCAGUUUGAAAACAUCAUUACUUUUUUCCUGUUUCUUCUCCUUCCUGGAAAAUGUAGUUAUAAUGGUCUGCUUAAAGGUUUUAUAAUAAUGAUACAUUUAUUUAAUUACAUAUUUAUGCAUUUAUUUUUGCAACACGGGGAGUUAAACCCAAAGCCUUUAUAUUGAGUUACAUCUCUAGCCCUUUUAAUAUUUAUUUUUGAGACAAGUUCUUCCUAAAUCACUAAGUUGUCCAGGCUGAGCUCAAAUUUGCAACCCUUCCCUCCCAUAACUUCCCAGAGUGCUGGGAUUACCUCCUAUGUAAUGUAGCCACCGUGUGUGACUGCCCUUGAUAUUUUUAUUUUAUAUUUGCAUAAAUCUGUAAGAAUGAAAAUCACCAAGUUAUAUUAGUAAGUACAAAACAAACAAAAAUGAACGGUGUUUGGAACUAUUUUGGAGGUAACUGGAAUAGACUUCUCUAUGCCUAUGAUAAGCAUUUUAGAAAUAUAAAAAAGUUUUAUCUGUGAUUUCCUGAGCACUGAUGUUUAUGUUUGAUGUUUUCUCAUGGCUUUUGAUAUCCUGCUUUCUUUCCCACUGUGUCUUUCUCUUCUCUAAUUAAUUGAACCCUGGCAUUUUUCGUAGAACAAUCUUAGCAUUUUUGACAGAAUUUGUCCUGUUGGGCAGGUCUUUGAUAUCCUAACUUCCUUAGAAGCUUGCAUUCUUACCCUGGUGGGGUGGCAUCUGCUUGUGAUCCCAGCAUACUGGGUGGCCAAAGGAGAAAGAUCAUAGUUUGAAUCCUGGAUAAUUUAACAAUUUAGUGAUACUCUCUUAAAAAUACAUUCAUCCCUAUACACAUACAUAUAUACAAAAGGGGUGGGGAUGUAGCUCAGUGUGAAAGCCUUAUGUUCAAUCACAGUAUUAUACAAACACACAACACAAAAGUUCACAUUCUUGUGUAGGACUUGGCAGCACUUCAGGAUUUGCUGAAUCCUAAUAAUUAGUUUCCAACUGAGAGGAUGUAAUAAUUAAAUUGCAGGGUAAUUUUUUCUAUUUUAUCCUUAAAUAUCUUCCACAUACAUUUUUCAAACCCUUUAGUGCUUUUGCUCCUGAUCUGCAGGAAUCUAAGGUACCCUUUGAAGGUUCCUGUGGUUCUAGAUACUUAGGCGGCUAAGGAUGGAGGACUGUUGAGCCUAGUAAUUCAGGAGCCUGCCUAUGCAACAUAGUCAGAUCUUGUCUCUUAAAGACAAAAACCUCUUUCAGACUGACUUUUAAAUGAUGUGAUUAUUCACAGAUUAUCUCUCAGUUUAUCUUUGCCUUUAUUAUUAAAUUAGUUCAAAACUUGAAUGAGAUCAUCUCUCACCUAAAUUAGUAAUAUUAUAUGUAUUCCUGCCAAUUUGCACAAAACCCUAUACAUAUCUUAGAUCUAACAACAUUUCUUUAAUGAAAAUUUCACAGAUAAGUUUCAUGGUUAGGUCUGAGCUCCUACUAUGAAUUUAUUCUGAAUUUAUAUGUAUGUAAAUAUGAUAAUAGUAACACUAUUCUUUCCAUCCUCUCAUAAUUAAUCCAUGUUCAUAUACAUGGAUUAGUAACAUUAGUAACUACUCUAGGAAUAUUGAAUGAACAAAAUCAAUCCUCAGUAUUACAAACAGUGUAGAAUGCCAUUUUUCCUAGAUAGUGUAGGUACCUAUAGGAUGUGACAGGCAUGGGAGAAAGAUUUGCUGCCAGUUUUGGGAGCUUUCUAUAUUGAUACACCAUACUUGAGCUGUCUAAUCUGGAGAUAUAUAGAUAUAGACAGAUAUAGUUACAUAUAUAUACAUAGAUAUACAAGUAACUAUAUAUGUAUAAAUGUAACAUAUAUUGUUAUAUAUAUACAUAUAUACUAUAUAUAUAUAUAGCUACAUAUAUAUAUAUACAUAUAUAUAUAUAUAUAUAUAUAUGUAUGUAACAAUGUAUGAACAGUAAUGUUGGAGGCAGGCUUUUCUCAGCAAUUUACUUAUGUUGUCUUUCUUAAUUUUAGUAGUUUUUAUUCACACUUACCCCUAACAUUUACAAGCUGUCAUUUUCUAGGGUUCAUAAUAUUUUACUUUAUUUUAUAGGAUGUAGUAUGUCUUUAUUUAGAAAUAAUACUGUAAUGUAUAACAAACCUCUUUAAACCACGCCUUCUCCAAAACUAAUUUUAAAAAAUACUACAUGAAGAUAAGCUGUGAGAUAUUAUUUCUUAAUAGUCCAUCCUGUUCAUGAACAAUGCGCUUAUUUGUUUUCAACUCCAGGUUCAAAAUAGAUAUUAACUUUAAUUAAAAAGUUAAAAUGAUUUAGGCCACAUUUGAGCAGUAAAUUGAAGCCUGAGGUACAUAACAAUCUUCAGUAUUGUUAGGAUACCCUACUCAGAGAGUAUUUUACCUCCUUUUGUCACAGUUUAAUAUUCAGUAGUCUAAAAGGUACAAUUAUAAAAUAUUACAGGAGUUUUAUAAGAAUUGUAACUGUGCAAGAUUUUUAAAUUAUUUUCCUUAUUGUUAUUUAUACUGCUCAUUAAUAAUCCAAAUGGUAUGAGAUCAGUGAUAAAGGAAAUGAUGAACCUUAAUUUAUAAACAUGGUCCCUAGUUAGAUUCUAUGUGAGAUGCAGGCUUCUUUGUGAAAAAGGUUAAUCAUUUAUGGAUUUAGCAAUUCAUCAUUUCUUAUUCUAUCUGUUGUUUAAUAACUACUGUAAAUAUAUCAAGCUAUGAAAAUGGAAAAGGGAAACAGGUCAUUAUUCUUGCAAACUACUUGACUAAAGAAAGUAUAUAUUAUAAUUAAAAAAUUUAAUCUAAAUGAUCAGGAUUUUUUUCUCAUGGUUCAAGAUGUUCUCACUUGAGUGAACUUUAGUGUAGAUUUACAAAUAAUGUUUAUAAUUUUUAAAUAUCUGGGUCUACAACUCAGACUGAGUUUGAAAAGACAUUAAUAGUAUUCUGCUAGUCUGAGAAAUAGUAUCAGAACAGGCAACUCGAUAAUGGUUAAUAACUUUUUCCCAGAAGGACUGUCUUUGGCAUUUUCUUCUCAUUACCCUUAUAUGUCUGUAGGUAAUUGUGAAAUUCUUAUUCUGUGCACAGAAUUGUGCAAAAUAUUUGAAAAUAAUUAAAAGAGUAGUUAGUGUAAGAGGUGGUUGCCUACUAUGUCUGAAAUUCUGUUAUCACUGAGAAACAUAAAUACAAAGUUAAAAACGAAGUCAGUGAGACUAGAUAGGAAUAUAGGUGCACAGAGAGAAGGCUUUUAAGGCAUCAUGCUUUGUGCUUUUUAGAAAGAAACACUGGAACCCUGAUUCUGUCCUCUUUCUAAGAAAUGCUAUCAAAGCAAUUCUUCUUUUGGGAUGGUUUUGUGGACUUUCACAAAGGAGAACUGAAUUGAUUUUUCUUACCUUUAUAAUUAUUGUUUCUAUGAUUUUUAAAUUUACUUCAACUGCUUGCAUUUUAAUAAAAUAUUUAUAUCUUUUGUAGGUAAACUCUUAAAAUUGUAUAAUUGGAAAUAUUUCAAAUACCUUAUGGGGAGAACUAAUAUAUCUUGAGUAGCUUGUUUAUUUUAAUGACUUCUUAAUCUUUUAUUAACAGACAUGAAAUUGAGACACAUUUCAGUGAUGUAGUAAAAGGUAAAGCCACAGUUACUUGAUAAAUGCAAAUUCUAGUAUCGAGCUCAUAUAUGUGAAUAAUUCUGAUAUAUGUAUAUCUGAAUAAUUGCUAGCUGUGUCUCAAGGAGAACUUUAAAAUGUAAAUUAAGAGCAUACAAAUUAUAAAAAUAUGAACCUUUCACAUAUAACUCAAAUGUUAAAAUUCUAAGAUCAUUGUUGAUCUUUAGAGGUAGACAAUGAAAAGUAACACAUUUUGAGGUAGUCUUUGUUUUAGGAAUGGAAGUAGCUUGUAAAAUAGGACUAUACUUGUUCUGCCACUGAGAACGUAUUACUUUCAAUGUAGCUCCAUAAAAGAGCUUUGAUUAUUGAACCAAUUUCCUAACCAGCCUUUUGUGAUUGUUUUAAUCUGACAGUGUAGUCAUGGUAUUUAGAUCGCAUAUUAGACCCUUUCUUUCUCCUUGAGAAUUUAGCAAAAUGGUUAGGAAGAAAGGAAGAACUUUCCCCGAAUAAAUUAGACCUGUGAUAAUUUAGAAGAAUUCAAAGUUCAUAAGGCAGAAGUCUUUAUGUCAGAAUGCAUAGUGAUCCCUGAUCACACUUGCCCUUUCUGACCCUGUGGUGAACACCUGCUUUAUUAUCAGAACACACAGGUGGCCUUUGAUGGAGCACAUGACUACAGUGGAAAUGCCUGUCUGGUUCAAGGAUACCAGCUACCUCUUCGUAAGCACAUUGUCUCACUGAUACAGUCAAUGUAGUUGGAGAAUACAUUGACUCACCAAAAUCUAUUCUUCUUUUGAUUCAUAAUAUUGUGGUUUGGCUCUGCCUUCCUAGAUUAUAACAUGACCUAGCAGUCCCAGGGCUGAGAGCUAAUCUUCAAAAUUAUAUUCAACCCUGAAAUUCCAUAUACUAGUAUAGAAUAAGUUCUUUAUUUCAUUUUUUUAAAUAAUACACGUCUUCAGGAAUAAAAGCCUUCCUGGAAAUCAUAAAUACUCGUCUCUUUCCUGCAGGGUCUCCUUCUGGGAUCCAGCUGAGUUAUUCAUAGGCUUAGCAUUUCUCUCAGAGACCUAUAGAGUAAUUGAAAAUUUUGUGGGCAAUACAGUGAUUCUCAACUCUAUAGUGCAGUAAAUGCAUUCCUAAAGACUGGGGCUUUGAUUAUAACCCUUUUCAAAAUCUGCUUGGGGGCUAAGGGUUUUAAACUAUGCUGUGAGUGAUAUUGAUUAAGCAUUUUCUGCCUCGCCCAUUAGCUCUGGCUUCUGCUCAGUGCUGUAGCGAAAUCACGAUUUGUGCCACGGAAAUCACUGAGGCAAUAAAUCCAGCAGUUAUGACUUCAAUACAUUUUCGAGAAGAAAGCACAGAUGGACUACAAGGGCGCAAGCAGUUGUUCAAUCCAACUAAUAUAUUUGAUAAUUAAUAAAUAUAACAGGGAAAAUGAACAGCAAAUGCAAGUGUUGUUUGUCUAAUUUUUAACUAAAAUGUAGUAUGAAAUUGAUUUGUAAUAUUUAAACAUUCUGUAGCAUUGAAAGAAAACAUUUUAGUUUUUGAGAAUGCUGAUUGCAAUGCCAAUGGUAUUGUACCAAGAAAAAAAAAAAUUAAAAUAGUUCACUGUUAUCUUCAAUCACUUUGAGCUUUGGAUUCAGCUUAUAUUUCUUUCCCUGCUUGUGUGGGCGUGUGUGUGUGUGCGUGUGUGCGUGUGUGUGUGCGUGUGAGUGUGAGUGUGUGCGUGUGUGCAUGCACGCAUGCAUACGUGUCUGUGUCUGUCUGCGAGAGAGAGAGAGAGAGAGAGAGAGAGAGAGAGAGAGAGAGAGAGAGAGAGACUGAGAGAGACAGAGAAAAGAGAGACUGGGGUUGAUGGAUUUGAAACUCCGAACCUUUGCACUAAACUGUAUUAUUUAUUUUGAAACUGUUUCUAAAUUGAUCAAAUUGGGAUCAAACUUGGGAUCCUUCUAUUUCAGCCUCUCUAUGGGCUGGGGUUGCAAGCAUGCACCAUCAAGUCUAGCUAGAUUCAGCUUACAUUUCUAGCCAAGGUAGCAUAGAUAUUCCUAUUUCUGAAACACCAUACAAGUUUCAGGAACCAUGCUAAGUGCAGAUGAUUCACAGAUUAUUUAAACAUCGUUGUUAUUUUCAAGGAGUGACCAAUCUCCAAGAGGUGUCCAUGCACAUAUGUACACAGUGAGUAAGUUCGGUUAUGUACUAGGUCUAGAAGAGGACAGAGUCAUCUUUUCUAGACUAGGGUCAAGAAAUCUCUCAGAGGUUAUUCGUGAGCAAGACCUUAAAGAAAGACUAACAUUCACUUAGUGAGAAGCAGGAAGACCAUUCCCACAAAAGGCACAGGGCAUGUGACAUUAUAGCUGGCUCAGAGGACUUCACAUCACAAAAUUGGUAUAUAUGUUUUAUCAGAAUAUAGUAAAAUGGUAGGCAAGAUAUGAGGAGGGCUUGAAAUCAGGGACUAAUAAUGGAGAUUGAAAGCUGUAUGACCUUGGGCAAGUUAAUUAACUUCUCUGAGCCACAAUAUUGACAUUUGUUAAAUAGAUAUAGGAGUCCUACCUUACAGUCUUGUGGUUACUUUUGAAGAUUAUAUAUGUGUGUUUCCUGGAAGAGUAAAUUUUCAGUAAGUGACAGAAAUAAUAGUAGUAUUACUGAUUGAUUGAAAUACUCCAUUAUGUCCUCUGUUCUACAUAGUUCACUGCUUGUCAGUCUCAUCGCUGAAAUAAGCUCAGAAAAUUAGGCAUUCUUUAAAUGUUCUGUCAAGAGUCAUUUAUCCAAUAAUAUUUACUGCUACCAUAUUAAUCUAUAUUUGAGAUGCAAUCAAAUUGAAGAGCUCAAAAAUUUAUAAGCUCUGUCAGAACUAAAGGAAGAAGAGAGGAACAUUUGGACAUUAUUAGAGUUGUUGGCCUGUUGAUGGAAAGUAUCAUAGUUCCAGUGUCAAAUACCGAGAUAAAUAUAAGGGACUGAGAAUUCUAAUUCUAGCAUAGCAUGCUGAUUUACUGUUUAGCUUCAGGCAAAUUACCUUUUCUUUCCAGUAAAAAAAAAAAACAAAAACAAAAACAAAAAAACCAAGGUGAUGCCUACUGAACAAAUACCAAUAAACAAGCUUAAGUAUAAGAAGUCUAAGUAAUAAAGUAAUAGUCUCCUGUAAGGAAGAAAAAAAACUCACGUCAGCAGAUUGAUUUUUGAUGGCAGGACUUAAUAAAAGAGUCUAAGUAGAAAUCACAUCCACAGUUCACUCUUUUUAUUCAUGUCAGUUUCUCCAUAUCUAUUCCAAUUUCUAAAACUUCCUUACAUACUGCAGUAGUUUUGCUUUAAAUUAUGAACAGCAAAGUCUCCAUGAAAAAUAUAAAUUAGCCUCCUGAUGCUUCUCUUUCCACCCCCAUAUAGAUGCAGUAACAUAAAUGGAAGAAUACAAUUUCAAAACCUAACCCAGCAGAAAAUGUCUCUAAUGUGCAAAAUGACCAAUUAGUUAUGCAAAAUGUACAAUUUUCUUUCUUGAGAAAAGAAAAAUUAUAUAAAGAAAUGCAAGUAUUGGGUUGCCUGGUGUCUUGUUUUUUUCUUGAUAGCUCCUUUUUGCUCCUCUGAGAAGCCAUGCCAAAUUCUAUCUACUCUAUGAAGAUUUUAAGAAAAAAUUCUUAAAAUCAUCUGAACUAUAGGAGUUUUUCACUUUACUUUUCUCUUGGUGCUUUUUUACAUGCCGCUGCUGGUAGUGACUAUUUUAUGGCAAGUUAUGUCUGCCUCCCCAAUUACACCACAAAGGCUUGACAGCAACUACUUUGCUUUUCCUGUUGUCUUAGUCGGUCCUCAGGAGAUAUCUGCGGAUUUAUUGGCUUCCUUGGGUCUUUCUAAACCUGGAUAUAAAAACUUUAUCUGUAUUGUAUAUCUUCCAGAUUUUAGAUCAAGGCCUGGUCUAUUAUCAUGUUCCUUCUAAAUCUGUAUCAGACAGCAAGCCAAGCCAUGGGCACUGAUAACUCAGUUUGUGGUGAUUUCUAAAUUCUUGAAAAUUUCCGCUUUGCUCCAUAAAGCAGUUUUUCAGGCACAGUCUGUCUUUAUGAAUCAACCUCACAUAUGUCACUCCCUCAAAAAAACAAAACAAAACAAAACACCAGCAAAGUAUCAGGGAGGUCAAAUGGGGAAUGUAGAUCUCGUCUCUAAAAUUUAUAAAUAUGAAUAUUAUGAGUUAAUAAUGGCUUUAAAAUCCUGGUGUGAGUUCUAGUUGAAGUGGGUUAAGAGUAUCUCAGAAAUUGUAUCCAAAUUCUAGAAAACCCUUAACGAGAGCCAAACCACACCAGUGUUCUAAGUCAUACAAUCAAAUGAAGUGCUCAACUACAGUACAUUGGCAUUUUCUGUCUCUGUCAUAACUACCUCUUACCUGCUAACUUUGCCGUGAAUUUUGAGGAUUACAUUUUAAAUAAGGCAUCAGAAAAAAUAUAAGCCAUCAUAAUUGUCUUAAAUGUAUUUUCUUAAAUAAUUUAAGGGAAGCAACAUUUUAUUCGUUCCUCCAUCAAUAACUUUCCUUGCUGGUCAUCUCCUCUCUCAUAUCCUUGCAAAUCAAAUACUCACGUACACAAACUUCAGAACAAUUGUUCUUUAGAAUGUUUGACAUUUUACCUGACUAAUUUGUAGGUCUGGAAUGAUAUAAUCUUACAAGUGUACGUGAAUACUUUCAGGACUUAGAUUUGCAUUGAAAAAUCACUCUUCAUAUUCUAGUUGAGGGUGUCUACUGAGCUUAAAUUGAAAGUUUAAGAUUGAUUUUUUAAAAUUUGGAGACUAUCAAGAAACCCUGGUCAGUGGUUGUUGCCACUGAGGGAAGACUAUUAAAUUUGGAUAAUUUGAAAUGACCCCACCCAAAUGUACCCCUGGUGCCCCUGGAUUGUGAUAUAUAGAUAUAUCCUAUUAGUUCAUAGCUAUUGAGGGAGAGAUGAUAAUAGAAAUUUCUUACUUCUUGAAUUCUAUUUUGUAAAUAUCUCCUACUCUCUCUCUCCUGUUAUCUUCCUCCAUUCUUUUCUUCCUUCUUUAAUAAUUCAUUCAAUAAAUAAGCAUUGAAUAAUGUUAUUUCCAAUUAAUGUCCUAGGUGUUAGUAGAAUGAAUAAAUAAGUAGAAAUAGAUAUUAUAGUAAGGGAUACAUAUUAAAAAAUAUAUGUUUAUAAAUUUUGGUGUUGGGUAUGGAGGAAAAAUACAGAGAAAUAGUGUUACAGAGUAGGGUAACACAGAAAGUUUCCUCAAGCAAGUUUCAUGGGAGAUGAGAUGGAUAAGUAUAGUAGAAGGUAAGAAGAGGAAUGUUUCAGGCUGAGGCAACACAGUAGAUAGCAUCAUAGGAGGCAGGCAGAAAACGGAGAGCCCAGAAUGGCUGAAAUAGAGACUUCAAGAAAGGAACAUGAAAAAGGAUGGGGCAAAAUAACUGGCUUCAGAGGGAUCUAGAAAGCAUUAGAGCUCGUUUGUAGACCACUUCAUGAAUUUUGUGGAUUUAAAGAGUUUGGAUUUUACCAUUGGGUUUUACUAAUUAGAAGCCAAUAAAAGAUUUUAAGAAGAGGAGUGACAUGAAAUGAUUUAUAUUUACAAAAAUAUUACUUUAGGAAUAACAUUACAAAAGAAGGAAUUGAAGUAUCCAUGAGAGAUGCAAAUGCAGUGUUGAUAGGGAUAGUUUCUAUGAAGGUCGAGGGAAUUUGCCAGGUUUUAGGGGACAUGGGAAAAAGCAAUGAAAUUCACCAGUGGCAUUAGGGAUGAGUGGAGUGAGAAGAAAUUCUCAAGGAUAAUAUUCAAGUUUCUGGAUGUAGCAUUGUCCUGUUGGGCAGUAUUUUUUGAAGCAGGAUGUAUAUGAGAUAAGGUUUGCAUUUGCUUUGGCUCUGAAUUUGGUGUUACACAUAGUAAAUAUAAAGAGAUUUUGAUAUAUGAUUGCAGGGACAUUGGGGAGUUACUUUGUUCAAUUCUGGAACUCAGAAGAGAGGUCUGGACCUAAGAAACUAGUGUAACAAUCAAAACAUAUGUCAACAUUUUGUUCAUUUUAAUAGAAUAUCUUAUUAAGGGUAAGUUGACAAUUCCUUUUUAAAAAUUUUCUGAGUUUAUCCUGUAAUUUAUUAUUUAUUCCCUCACCAAAAUUUACAAAUUCAGUUUCAGACACUAUUUGGUUACCUAGAAUUUCACUUUAUACAAUAUUAAUUUGAAGCCUUAACUUAUCUGUUUGAAUAUAAUAUAAUAAAGAGACAUGAUAUUUACAUUCGCUGUCUUUUGAAAUACUUUUGUAUUUGAAAGUCAGACUUCUCCAUGUACUCAAGUGAGUCUAACUUAUUUUUAAAGAGGAGGACUUUUGGUCCUAAUGAAGUCCUGGAAAUAGAAUUUUGGAGAUAUGGCUGUGUGCUGUUCUUCCUGCUUGGAUAGUAAUACAGAUGAACUUCUUUGAUCUUUGGUGCCGUAAUCAGCAGUGUGACCUUGGUAAGUCACUAGUCUUACUGGUCCUUCAAAACUUAUAUCCUUUUGGGGGAGGAGAUUCCUUUACUAUGAUCACUAAAUCCAUUUUGGUUAUAAGAUCUAUGAAAAGUUGUCAUUAAUUGUAAGCAAAUGGUUAGGUAUAAGGAUGAAGGAGACAAGUAGCUUUAAAUGCUGGAAAAGUUUUAGUUUUCUGGAGGAAUUGAAGCUUCUGAAAUUACUUAGGAUUUAAUAAAAAGGAGUUUAUAAGAUCCUUUUCCCCAUCUUUCUACAUAUAUAUAAAGACAGUUAAAUUGCUGCUAAAAAUGUGAAAUGGAGGUGAGUAACAUUUCCAGAGGCAGUAAGUAAUGCUGAAUUUUACUGGCAAAUUCUACAUUCCUUUUUAGGAAAAGAGAUAGAGGUUUAUAUAAAAAUGGAGAAAAAGGAAAUUGCAUGUGCAGAUGUAAAAUACCAUCUGUGCGUCUGGAUCUGUUCCAUGCUCCACACCUUCAGUGAAAGAAAUUGUUGAUUGAAAGCUCAGAUUUUGCUGGCUAGUUGUAAAAGCUUCCUGUGUUGCUUAUCAUGCAUUUUAAAAAUAGAUGGCUUUGAAUGUGUGAGUUAAUUUUUAGCCCCAUUUGCUCAGGCCUCCUAACUCAGGAAGCAUGCUUUUAGUGAACUCACAAUUCCAUUCAUAUGCAAUGUGAUUAAUAGUAAUGAGCACUUUCAAGGUGCCAGGCAAUAGCUUUGGCACUUUGUAUUAUACCAAACUUCAAAAUGUUUGCAAAUAGCAUUUUUUUUUCCCUCUCAUAGUGGCAGGUUGGACCCAUCUAACUUCUUAGACUGGAGAGUUUCAUCUGUAUCUUACUUUGAAAAAAUAUUCAAUAUUGGUGGAACUCCAUGUGUACGGUCUCAUGUAUUUAGAGAAACUCAUAUUAAUUCCAGCACCAACUUUGUCUAUUUCUUGUCUUAAUAGUGUAAGUGCCAAACCUGUGCUAGGCCAAGACAACUCUGUGCUCCAUUAUCCUUUAAGAGGAUACUGACACCUUUAAGAGGAACUGGCACCUCUUUUAGGGUAACUCUUCCUAAUCUUAUCUCAGAUUGCAAAAUGAAAUACUUUAAAUAUAGACUCUGACUUUCCGUACUUAUGGGUAAAGUGGGUUUUGAUUUUUUUUCUAAAUUUAAGAUUUUUGAGCACUGUAUUUUUAAAAAAAAUUGUUCAACUAACAUUUUAAGUGGUAUUUAUAUUUGGAGAAUUUCCUAGAAGAAACACAAAACAAGCAAAUUUGUUUCCUUCUUCCAUAAACCAUAAUAACUACAAAUACAUCGUUAACAUUUUAGCACCAUUGGCCCUGGGAAACAAACACUACUUGAAGCUUAAAAUAGCUACAUCAGGUGCCAAAUAAAUCUUUAAAUACUUAAAGAGAAGAUCAGUUUCAUAGAUAUUUUGCUUAAGAUGGAGAUAGUUACCUAUUUUUCAGAAUGGAGUUUUCUUGUUAAAAUACUGACCAUACUAAUGAAGUAACUUGAUUCUUAAAUGUGUGCUUUUCAAACAUGUAAGCCUCUUCACUUUCUCUAAAAGCAACAGGGACUGUGCUGUAUGGUGUUCUAUAAAUAAAGAACCUCUAUAUGUUUUCUUAGUAAGCAGAUAGAAUCCCUUGUCUCUCAACCCCUGAAACUAGGCUUCUUUCUGUCUCCUACCAGUGAUGAGUAACAGCUACUGUUCUUAGCUGACCUGACUGAGCCAAUCCGUGGACCCUCUUUCCUUGGGGAGGUUGUGUUCCAUUUCACUGUGAGCAGAGUUAAGGAGGGCUUCUAAAUAAAAGGACUGUUGUACUGAAGAGACAGACCAUUUUCUCUUGCCCAAAUUGGUGUGAUGGGGGGAGGUUCCACUUCAUUCCCCUCCGCUCUGCCUAAAUACAUCUUCAUAACAUCCACAGGCAUUAUACAAAAGGGAAGGGAAGCAAACAAGAUGGAGAUUCUUGGAAUGUCUAUCCUCACUAGUCCUACUGUGUAUAUUAUAAGGUGUGGCGAUCUAGAGGGAACUGAGGAAGAAAAGGAAAGGAGAAAACCUUCUCUUGAGAAUGGUUACCAUUCUUCUGUUAUUGGGAAUGUGGGGGAUGAAGGAAAUGACCUAUGUCUCCAUCAAUAAACUAAUUUGAAUGCAUGUAUAGAUGCAUGCAUGCAUACACAUACUAUUAUAAAAUAACUGUUCAUGUUUUUAGAAGAACAUUCUCAUUAGUUAAAUAUGUCAUGGUAAGAAUUAAACAUGAUUACAUGACACUAUUUUGACAAUACAAUGCAUUUGAGGGUAGUUGUGCAAAAAUAAUUAUUUGUAUCUGAACAAAAACUUCCUACUGUAAUCAUAUCUUUUCCGUUGGUCAAAAGUCACUAAGUCAUUAAAUUAUUCAACUUAUGUAAAAUGUGAUUCAAUUGUAUGAAUAAAUUGAAACAAUAUGUGAAAAAAGGGUUUAAAAAUAAAAUGUUCUUUUUAUUGUGUUUAGCAUUUUUCAUGAUUUUUCCCUAAUUUUAAAUACUGUUUUUACAUAAUCCAAAUGUCUUUCACACAUUACCUUCAUUUUUCUUUCUUUUUUAUGUUAUAUUUUGGGUAUUUUCCAAUUCACCUACUUAGAUUCCACUGUACCCAUUCUAUUAUAUUUACCUAUCAAGUUUUUAAAUUUUAAAGUUAUUUUACAGUUUAGGAUUGUCUGUUUAAAUUUUAUAUGUGUUCAAAAUACUGAAUACUGUUAAUUUAUUCCUAUAGUCCACCUUCCUUUCUAUUUCCUUGACUAUAUACAAUAACCUCAAAUGUUUUAAAGUCUGUGCUAGUUUUUGUAAUAUCCAGAUCAUCUACUUAUCUGGUUCAAAUGUGGUUUUUUUCCUUGUUUAAUCUAUUUGUACAAUCAAUUAUUAUGCUGUUACAUGGUGAAUUAUGUGUAAAAGAAUCAUAAAUUUCCAAAUAAUGUUCUAUGCCACCAGAGCAGAGGUCUACGUAGAUAAGAGGAUCCCAUUCUUGGAUUCAGCUGGGUAAAGGGCUUCAUUUUCAGAUUGUCAUCUCACCCUUGUCUUUCUCUAUUUCUGUACCAUGGUCCUUGCAGGAUUUUUGUUGAAAGCCUAAUACAUCUUUAUCAUCUCACCCUGAGAAGAAUCUAAGUAUUCUUACACAACUUUUCAGUUUAUUUCCUUAUCCUUAGGUCCAAACAGCUAAAAAGCUUGGCAAAUGACUUCAAGAUGUAUUCAGCCCUGUGUUUGAGUUUGGUGUCUCUCAGCUGCCAGGCCCCUGGUUUGUGUCAUACCAAAUUCUGCUGAGGUUUUCACUUUGCCUUUAGAGAACCAUUCAGCCUAGUCCUUCAGUUUCCUCUGCAACCUCACCAAGCAUACCAUGGAGAAAGCUGACUGUGUUUUUGAUUCCUCCAAUCUCCAAUUUGUCAUUUGUGCCUUUAUGACUAAAAGUUCUGGUGGCUUUUCUUACUCCAAGGAGACACCUUCUUCUUAGCUCAAGUCCAGUUCUUAGCACCAUGCAAAGAAUCAACAAAUGUUCAUGGAGAAAGAGAGAAAUGAUAAUCAGCAGCAUGCCUUAGAUUGACUGCCUUUUGAAAUUUUAUUUCAUAUAGUCUUUAUUGCUUCAACAGCUCUAAGAACUAUAUAGCUAACAUAUCUGUGCUGUUCUAAAUACUGCAACAGAAAAGUUCCUCUGUUAACUUACCUGAAAAUGAAAAGACUAUUAUAUUUUAAUACCUUUAACUAAAUUUUAGAUUUUUUCAUGUUUUGUUUUUUUUUUUAAUAGGUACCGGAGAUCGAACUCAGGACUGCCUGCUUGCAAGGCAGGCGCUUAUGCUGCUGAGCUAAAUCCCCAGCCUGCUAUAACUGAAUUUUAAAACACUUAACCUUGAAGCAAAAAUGAUUCUCCUUUACUGCUAACUCAUGUCAAUUAUUUUGAAAUUUGAAGCAUCAAAAUAAUUUAUUCCUAUCCAUAUCAUAUUUAUCUUUUCGAUGAAUUAUUUCUCUUAAAUCUUUUUCUUCCAGUCUAAAUAUCACAAAUCUAAGUUUAUUUCUCAGCUGGGGGUUUAGCUCAGCAGUGUGAGUGCCUACCUGGCAAGAACAAGGUGGUAAGUUCAAUCCUCAGUACCAAAAAAAGAAAAGAAAAGAAAAUUAUUUAUCACAUUUAAAUUCUUUGCCAUCCUGAUUACCAUCCUCAGGAAAUACUGUCAAUGCACCACUUAUUAUGAAAGUAUUAACAUUUUAUUUAAUAUAUUCAAAUUAUAUAAUGUUCAAAUUAUUAAAAGUAUAUAAUGUGAACAAAUGUCUUUGUUUUUGUUUAAAUCUAGUUAAGGAGAAAAAGCAUCAGAUGAUAAUUAAUAUGCACACCAAAGAAGUUAUAUGAUGAGCUGUUUGUAAAAUUCUAUGAGGGGCUGGGUGGGAAUUCAUCUCAAUGGCACAAGUGCCUGCCUGACAAGCGUGAACUUGUGAGUUCAAUCCCCAGUACCAAAAAACAAAAAAAGAAAAUCCCAUGAACAGAAAACAAAAUGAACAUAAUGAAAGAAAAAUAACUAUACAGAAGUUAGAUAAGAAAAAGUUUCAAAAGUUAGGGAAAAAUCAUAAAAAAUCAUAAUGAUAGUAAAAGCAAUAAUUGUAUUGAAUCAAGUCAAGAAUGUGUUAUAAUUCUUAAGGCAAAACUUUAAUGAAUAAGAUUUUAUACUAAAAGAUAGUAAAAGAAAAUAUAAUUACCAUACUAGUAGAAAUAAAUAGAUAUUUGAUUAAUAUGGAGAAGUUAAGUUAUAAAAAAGAAAGGGAAUAUAGUACUUAGGACAUUAGAAAAAUAGGAGGCAGUAGAAAGUCUUUGUAACAUUGAGUGGACAAGAAUAAUGAAAUCAGUUCAAACUCACUACAAAUAAAGGUAACAAAACCUCUCUCUCUCUCUCUCUCUCUCUCUCUCUCUCUCUCUGUCUCUCUUUCUCUCUCCUUUCAUAUCUAUCUCAUAUACCUCAUAUCUCUAUCUCUGUAUGUAUCUACUAUAUAAGUAGAACUAAGGACUUUUGUUUAUCAAAACACAUCAUUAAGAGAAUAAAAAUAUAUCUGACACAUGACUUAUAUAGUGAGCUACAAAUGAAAAAGGUAAAACAAGCCAAUAGAAAAGCAGAUAAAAGUCUUGAACAGACAUUUUACAUAAAAGACUAUCAGUUCUACCCCCAUAUAUAAUCAUGAACAUAAAUAUAUUCAAUAUCAUUAUUUAUGAUAGUCAUAUUUAUAAAUAUCAACUACGUCUAAAAAGUAGUGCCUCAAAAUAAUGUUGACUGAAGAGGCUAAACAGCAAAUUAUGUGCUGAAUUUUUCUGGUUAUUCACAGUUCAAAAAUGGCACUAAUCUAUGUAUUAGGAAUCAGGUAGUGGUUAGUUUUGGAAGAGUUCAUGUAGGGCACUGCUUCUGCCCUGCUUAUAAUAUGUGUUUCUUAGCUUAGAUAUGACUUACAUAGAUGUGUUAAAUUUAUGAAUAUUCAAAAGCAUAAUAUGUAUAUUUUCCUAUAUAUAUCUCAUACUUCAAAAACAAAUUAAAUGUAAUGAGUUAUCUUUUGACUUAAUAGCUACUUAUUCCUGUAAAUGUUCAAAUAAAUAUGUUAAAUGAUUACCUGUGAAGUAAAUGUGGAAGAGAUUUCUCUACUGGGGUCUGAUAAUUUUUCAAAUGAAUCUGAUAAUUUUUCAAAAUCUUGUAAAUUUGAGAUUCUCUGAUUUUUUAUAAAAAAGGGUACACUUUGAACUUCAUGUACAUAUUUCUUUCCUUAUCAAUCAAUUUUGGGAUCGUACUCUACUUUUCCUGUGCUAGUUUACUUCCCAUUCCCAUUUAAAUUCUUAUCAGAUUUUGAUUAUUGAUCGUUCAAUAGCCAAAUCUCAUGGGUUCUUUCUGGUCCUUUUCUAGUGUAUUUCGGGGUCUAUGAGGACUCAUUUUCUUAAGACCACCCUGUAAUUUCUUGACAUCACUCUCUUCCUGUUCUCUUUUCAUGUUUGAAAUACGAGAUCUCUCCAAAGUUCUAUUCUUGAUCUGCUUCUCAUACCAUAAAAUUCUUUGCAUGAUUUCAACUGUUUCUAAGAUUUAGUCAGUCUUCAACUCUUGUUGGAUUUCUAAGUCUUUGUCUAAACUCUUUAAGUUUCUUCGGGAGUCUAGACCUAUAUAUUCAACUGCUACUAUAUUCAGACCUACUACUGUGCUUCUUGACUUAAUGCGUAAGACUGAAUUUCUAUUUUUUUUUCAAAACUUAAAAACUUCCUUUCAUUAGGAAACAGUGUCUCUAUCUAUGCUUGUUUUAUGGAGAUGGGGAGAGAUUUUGGACUCUCUUAUACCCCUCCUUGCCUCAUCCCAUUCCAGUCGGUUACUAUAUUUAAUUAAUAUUUAUUUAAUUUUAUAUAUUCUUCGUCGCUUCUCUAAUCUGUUUUCCAUUACUUCAGCUUAGUUUGGCUUUCACUUUAAAAAAAAAUGAUUUUCAAGGGGAUCUGUCUUACAAUUUUAUACUCAGCUAAUAACAUUAUGCACAAUGAUGCCAGCACUGAUUCCUUUUAUUAGGAUGUUCUUCUGUCAGUUCUUGACUCAUUGACCACGUAUUCAUCUGAGACUAUGUGUAAUGUGGUUCUCUGUCUAAUGCCAGAACUGACCUUUACUCAACCUCUCAGGAAAAAUUGAUAGUUCUCUCCUUUGUGUUUCCACUGCAUUUUCUAUACAUUAAUCAUAUUUCAUUGCAUUUAUCUGUGCCAAGCAUUAAUCGCAUUUCAUUGCAUUUAUCUGUGAAUUUGGGAAUGUAUCUUAUUUAUCCUGUUAUAUGCAGCAUAUAAAUAUGAUUGGUUGGAUAAAUAAAAUAAUAAUGAAUGACUACAGGAAUGAAUGAAUAAGUGAAUUGAGCUUGGUUUAAAUUUGUGUUUUCCCAUUACAUAUUGAAUUCAUUAAGAGCUUGUUAAAAAUAUGGACCCUUGGUUUUUACUCUAGAUAGUCCCUAGGGAAAAGGUCAAGAGACUUUUAUCAGGUAGGUUUUGGGUUGGAACAUUGGACAUAAUAUUUUCUUAAUUCAGUUACGUAUCUUCCAAAUUAUAAGCCUGUAUAUGUUUCACAUACAUAUUUUUGACCUGAUAUCUUUCAAAAUAUAUUGACUAAGGCUGAGCAUGGUGGCACACACUUGGAAUCCCAGCUCUUAGGAGGCUGAGGCUGGCGGAUCACUGUGAGUUGAAGCCAGCUGGGCUACAAAGUGAGUUCAAGGCCAGACUGAACGGCAUAGUGAAACCUUGUCUCAAAUGACAAAUAAACAACAAAAACAAAAAUAAAAUAUAUUGAAUAUAUAUAACUAAAAUAUAUAUCACUAGUCUUAAAAUGAAUUUGAAAUAUAGGAACCAAGAAAUUAUCUUUGAAGCAUUAUAUAAAAAAUUAAUAUGAACAAAUAAUUUGGAGAAGGAGGAGUUAAUACCUUUCUGCUUAGUGGAAAGAUGCUACUCAAUGAAUAUUAAAUAGCUAGAGUUGGAUCAAACUGAUUACUGAAUUAUUCAUUUAACAUAAAAUAGUUAUAAUGCAUACAUACAAAUAAACAUAAACGUAUAUUUCAAAAAAUUUCACAUCUGUGUUAUAUAGCUGACUAAAUCUGAUUGUCAUGCUGUGUCUUAAUGUGGUCUUUAUUCACCUUUCAUAAAUGCAUAAUGAAUUUCUGGGAAAAAUAAGCUCACAGAUCGUGUACAGCAUUUUUAUUUAAAAGUGGUUACCACUCUGAAUAUAAUAACCUAUACAAAACUAAACUUCCCCCGGUUAAAUUAAAGAGAGGGUUUGUUACUCAGCUCAGAGAAGAGAAAACUGUGGUGCUACUUUAAAUGUACUAUCUGAAGGAUUAUGAGCAACAAACGUGGGAAGAAAAUGCUAAAUUUGAAUCAAGAGACAUUUGGUUUCUGUGGUAUUUCUUGAUAGGUAACAAUCAGAACUGGUACUGUAGUUCUAUGUAUAUGAUUUAUAAAGUUAUACAUUUAAUAUUUUUCAAAUAUAUAUUUUAGACAUUCUACUGAGAUUUUUGAAAGCAGAUUCAUCUAAACUCAGUGGAAUAAAGCAGAUCUCUGAAAAUUCCCUUAAAAAUUGCGUUACAAUUGUUACAAAAAUUUCUUUAGACCCCAAUACAGGAGAUAAAUUAUCUUAGAAAUCCAAAGAUUAAAUUAUCAUCUGCUUUUGCUUUCUGCCCCUGUGCUGUUAUCAAUAAGCCAAAAUCUAUCUUGUUUGCAACUAUGUUUCAUACUUCAGAGCCAUUAGUAUUUCCUGACAUUAUUUUGCCUUUAGGCAAUAUUUUAUUCUGAUUAAAACCUGUUGGGACUUGUGUCCAGAAACAUUCUUAUUUGAAUAGUAUUUGAAGUGUUAAUUUUAUUAUUGAGGUACUAGUCUGUAUUAUUCACAUUAUAGAUGUCUUAAAAUUCAUGUGAUUAUGACCUUAUAAAAACAUCCAGUAGACUGCAUUAUUUUUUUCCUUUUUAAAGGUAUUUUCUAAUGUGGUAAUAACUUGUUCCAUGUAGAGGUAACCUGAGUUUCUGGUUAUAACUAUCCAGGUUUUUGAUUACUAUAAAAGAGUGACUUCUGUCUGUCUCUAUCUCUCACUUGUUUUAAAUUUAGAACGGGUCCUAGUCAGUUGGAUAUUAUCAAGAAUUCCCUGCCCAAAGACAUCCUGUCCUCCAGGCUCCCAUAUUACUUUACCAUUACCCUUCAGUUUGAAAUUAAAGACAGUUUUAAUAUUAUAUCAUUUAUUUAUAUUUCCUUCUACACGAUGGUAAGCUAGAGGAUAUUUAUUUGUGUACUACAUAUAAUCCUUGCUAUACUAAUCUACAUCCUAAAGAUUCCCAAAAUUAGAAAAAUAAAUAGAAGACAGAAAAGACAACAUUUUGUGUAAUAAAUGUUCAAGAUGAGAAAGCCACACUUAGGAUUGUUAUUAAUUAGUAAUUUGAGAUUUUGGGGUUCUUGAAUAGAUUAUUAGUAUAAACAUGAUAUUUUGAUUCCAAGAGAGAACCUCUGUGUGUGAGGGUGUUGCCAAGAAAUACAUAGGUAAUUCUGCAUCUUAGAAAAUAAAUAAUUUUGGUAAAAGCAACAGUAUGCAAUAAGGGAGAGAAAACCAGUGAUGUUGUCAAGAGAGAAUUCAGUUUACUCAUAAUUCCCUGGAAUGUGUGAGCCAACUAAAAUUUUUCUACAUGCUCUAAAGAUCCACAUAGGCCAAAAUACUGUAAAUGAAGAAUCACUAAUACUAUUAAUAUUUUAUCAAAGUAUGGCAAUUACAGUUACCAUCUAUAUUCUUUUUUUUCCAGCUAUAUUCUUGAUGGGAUUUUUUUGGAGUGGCAAUCUGUUUCAGGACAGUUAAUUUUAACAUUUGACUUUUUAUAUUCCUGUUUUAGUUAAGGUAUGAUUAAAUUAUAUAAAAAUGUUAUGGCUCAUAUAUAAAAUUUCCCCCUAAAGUCUCAUACGUUUGGAAGGUGAUUGGCACAAGGGGUGCUAUAUUCAUCACUGAUGAUUUCAUAGCUGACUUGCUGCUAGGAGACAAGGCUUGAUUAGAAGCAUGUCACCGGCGGCAUGACCUCCAAAAUAUGUUCUUGUCCCUAGCUUUUCCCUCCUCUCUUUUCUUUCUGGUUGUCAUGUGGUUAACAGUUUUCCUGCACCAUGCCCUUCUUCCAUGCUGUUUCUACUUUUGAAGUAGUUGACCGUGGAUUGAGUUUGCUGAGAUUAUGAAGAGAAGUAAAUCUUUCCUUUAAGUAGUGGGCAUUAUGUUCAUUUUCACAGCUAUAGAAAAAAAUGACUCAUACAAAAAUAAACCCCAGUUUUCAUUGGUCUAACAUAUUGUACAUGAGAUUUUUUGUAUUGUAUGCUCGUAAUACACAAUUAGCAUCCAGGCUUAGUCAGAAGCUUUUCAUUUGAUCUUCUAGAACUUUUGUAUGGAGAACAGGCAAGAAGAACCUGAUAUAGGAGAUUUCUAUGGUCCAAGGCUAGAAGUAUCCUGUAUUGUUUCCUGUAAGUUAGAAAUUAGCGAUAUGGACAUUUCUAAAUGCAGUGGGGACUGGGAAAGUACCCAGGAAGGUGACAGUAGCAUUGGUGAAAAACUUGCUAGUUUAUGCCUUACUACUUUUCACUGUUUUUUUUCUACAACAAGAUUGAAAUAAGCUAAACCUAUAUGUAAAGGGAAAAUAUUUUUAUGUAACUUUAUUGCCUAUAAAGCCCUUUCAUUUUCAUGAUAUCUUUUAUUCUUAGCAUAAUUUUAAAAAAGAUAGGCAUAAUUAACCUUGGUGUUUAAAAGGAUGAAACACAGACUCAGCGAGCUGCCGAGGCAGUAGAUGUGGUAUGUAGUCACCCUGGGAUUAGAAACUAUGUCUCUAGAAAUGCGUCUAAUGUCCUUUCAUUCCUGGAAAAAAAUACAUUUUCUCGGAUGUGAGAGAGACAGUAGUGCCUUGAACUUUUUGUCUUCUGUCACACAAUCAUGAUAUUGCUCUGCUUUGUCAAUAUAAUAUAUCAACAAAUGCUUCAUAGAAGUUGCCAGGAUGAGCUAACAGAUGUUGAUGGCACAUGGAAACUAUAGAAACUAUAAGGUAUGAAACUGUAUAGCUUGCAUACAGCUCUAGGGAUGGUUUUCUUGGAUAUGUUCCUUUUCAUUAUUGAAAGUUCCCCUGCUACUUCACAUAGCUGAAAGUUAUCAAUGAAUGUGUGUAUGAAUUUUUCAGUGAAGUACAUCUUACUCUUUGACUUAAAGUCACCAUAUCUUGUUCAUGUAUAAGUGAUGUUUGAAUUAUUGUCAUCUUCCAUACCUAACUCUAGAAUAUUAUAUGUCUAGAUUCUAAUAGAGGUCCCAAGCACAACUUAUCCUAACUGAAUUCCUGAUUCUCCAUGUAAUUUAAGUAAUAAAAUAAACUCUUAAGAAAUAUAUUUAUUUUGCCUUCUAGUAAUUUUAUUGACACUGACAUAAAUUAAAGUACAGACUGUGGACUAAGAGGUACCAGUCAAAAUUAUUAUGUGCUAAUUAGAUUGUUAUGACAGUAUUGUUAUACUAUCAUAGAUUGUUUUGAUACUAUUGUUAUACUAUCAAUUAAACUUAUAUAUUUAAUUGUAUACAAAAAUACUGACUAAUAAUUGGGAACAAAUAAAUAAUAUGAAGUUAAACAUUUUUGAUUCUUUAAAAAUAUAAAUAAAAAUUCCUCAGUCUCAUAGAUUCAUAAAAAUUGCCUGGAGUUAUGCAACUUCAAUUCUAGUAGUAAUAGCACUAAAUAUGUUCUAUAUAAAAUUCAUGGAAUUUAAAGGGAUAGAUCAUUAUAGAAAAUUAAAUUAAAACUAAUAAAAGGCUAAUAUAUAGCAUAAAUUUAGAUAUAAGGUAUAUCUAGUAAAAUAAGACUUUAAAGAUUAUAGUAUCCAACCAUAUGGAAAUGUAUGAAACUUUAACAAUUCAGAUGUCCCAGUGAUAAAAACCAAAAAACUUAGUUGUCAUACACCUGAAAAAAAUCAACUUGAAAGACUAGAAAGUUUGAGAAGAUCAUUGAAGGACCAAAAAAGAAAUAAAUAAAAUAUGAAAUGAAAAGUUUAAAUAUCAAAUAUAUUAUAUCUAAUUUUGCCACUGCAUGCAUGCAUAUAGGGAGAUAACUACAUUUAAAGUUUCACCCUGCUAACCGUCUUAUUUUGGUAUGUAUAACUGUAUUAUUUUGGUGUGUAUAGUAUAAAUGCACAUAUAAAAACAUAAGCAAGUUAAUUCCUCUCCAGAGGAGUCUGAGGUUUUAAAUUGAUUGGUAGCUGAUCCUCCUAGAAUGUUUUAAUCUUUUUAAAUAAUUAGUGGGAUUCAAAACUUCAGAGAUCUCUGAGACGAAGCAACCACCUAAUACAAAAGGUCCCAAUGCUAGCUACGAUGUAAAAUUUUAUGCAGAAUACAGGCCACACUCACUUGGCUCAUCUCAAUGAUAUGUGUGACUUUAUGCAUAUUAGGUAUGUGAUAUUCAUUCUUAAAAGAACGCUGGUCACUGAAUAGAGAGCCAUGUCAUAUAUAUCAUCUGAAGUGAUGAGAGAUACUCAUUCACUUACUAUAACUGAAAUCUUUUUAUUCCUUCUCUUAAGAGAACACAUUGGUGCUAUUUUGUAUCUCCCCAACAGUGAUAACCUCUCUACAUUGAAACCUGGCAUCUCUUCUAUCACUUGUUUGCUGUUUUUAGCUGAGUGGUACCUUGACCUCCCUCUCUGCUUGAAUUUAGAGUAUUCACAUACUUUUCUUCAGUUGAUCCAGUUCCUUGGCUGAGACCCCUAACUUUUCAAAAGCAUCAAUAUCUAUUAUUUAGUUAGAUACUUAGUUCACUCCUGUCUCAGGCUAUUGUUGUUGCCCCAACUCAUAAAGCACAACAAAUUUUUUAAAAGAUUGAACAAGUAAUUUCUCAUCAGGGUUAUAAUAAUUAUAAAGCACUUUUUAUGUAUAGUGGUACAAGUUUGUCUUAGGUAUUCACAAUUUGUAAUCAUGCUCUGUGUAAGCCUAUGUUAAAAUAGCGCCCUGGUAGUUUGGUAAUGAAUUCUUAUUGGACAUACUGAAUUUGGAAAAUAGGAGCCACUCAGUAUUUGAAGCCAAAGAUAAUUAACUUUAGCAAAUUAGGUGCUUAGAUAGCAUUGGAAAGCUUAGAGACAGUGAUCAUGAUCAGCUCUCAGCAGACUAGAAAGCUUUAGAAAUUGCAGGAAACCACUAGCUUGGCCUGAAGUUGGUCAGUUUCAGGUUGCCUGAAACUCAGGCAAACUUCACAUUUGACACUUGCUUGCCAGCCAUUGUUGAUGGAAAAUGAUGGUUUUUCCUUUUCUGCUUUGUGCAUCUUCUUCAAGUGUUCCUGAUUAGCAUAUUCAAAUCUGGAAUCUUGCCGCUGAAAUGUUUUGGGAGUAUAGAAAGCAAACAGAUACAAUACUAAAUUGACAAGAAACAAUUCAGAAUUUUAAAUUUCUAUUGUACACACCUAAAUAUCUCUUUUUCAAUUUAUUAAAUUUGAUAUCAAUUUUUGUAUUAUAAUAUCCUAUACUUAUGCACAUACUUUGUAAGCAGAAAUAAUAACUAGAAAAAAAAACCAAAAAAAAAAAAGAAGACUACAUUUAUUUUCCAAAGUCCUUCUCUGUAUUUAAGAGAUAAGGCUAUAUGAGAGAUACUGCAUACCUAUAAUUCUGGCAUUACAGGAAUCAUAUCAGAACCUCCAAUUAUGAGGUAAGGGAAAAAUAUCCCCAGCCUGUGAGAUUUCUGAUAUACUGACUUCAUGUUUUCUUAAAAAGAAAAGAAUGAAUUCUAGAAACAAUGGAGGUAAAGAGUAGGAAAUAUUUAUUGAGAGAUACAAAGCUCCUUUCAGAGGAAAGGGAGGUGUCCCCUAUGGGUAGCAAGAGACCUCACUCUAUGGGGAAUUUUAUAGAGCAAAACUAUGUGGGUACAAUGUGGGUUACAGCUAUGAUCAACCAAUAAGAUUAUAGGUAUAGCUGCUUAGGUAAUUAAAUUCAUCCAAUGGGGGAGCAAGUCAUUUAGCCAGUGGACAUGAAAAGAUCACAGAACUUCUCAGAGGAAUCUGGGGUCUUGAUUGUCCAUUGAGGUGACUGAUGCCCAUUUAGAGCUCUGUUAUCACAGAUCUCACCCCUUGCGGAGUGUGUUGGUCUGGUCCUUUUAUUAUCUUGAGGUCUGGUUUCUACUGAUGCAUCUCUGGCCACAGCUACAGUGGAUUUUUACCUUUUGUGUUGUCUCCCUGAAGGACCCAGAUCUGUGUGAUUACCUAUACUAUUUCUAUCUAACUUAGCUGUCUAUAAGAUACCAGAACUCUGAGAGGCUGAGCCAGGAGAGUCACAAAUACAAGCCUUAACCUUAGAAAUUUAGUGAGAUACUGUUUUGAAAUUAAAAAAAAAAGAAAGAAAAUAUGCUAUUCUAUCAUUGAUAUUUAGAAUCAUUAAUUUCAAUCAUAUUUAAGAAUAGCACUGCUAUAUGUGUAGAAUAGCUCUGCUAUAUGUGAAAGAUAUCUUCAAUGAGUCACUUUUCUUACAGAAGCUGAGGUGCUAUAAGUUACAGAAAAAACAAAGGCUGAGGGUCACAUUUAUUACAUUAAUGACUUUAAGCAAUUUACUACUUCUUCCUGGACUUUAUCUUCUUAAUCUGCAAAAUAAACAAACAAGUAACAUCCAUCUAUCUCUAACUUGCUAUGGUAUUAAAUAAAAUAAUGUAUGUAAAAGUGCUUGCCAUUAGUUGGUUGUCAAGUACACUGAAUUUCUCCUCCCUUUCUACAACUUCUUGAAUGUUCUUUCUAAAGUUUGGAUUCCAGUUUUAGAGAAGUAGGUGGAAAACACGUGGGCUGAUAUGUCCUAACUUUUUUUAAACAGCGCAUAAACUGCCUUAUAUUUAUCUAAGACUUGGCACUCAUUCUUUAAAUGAAUGGCAUAAAUCUAGAACAUCAUUCUAGAUCUUGGAAUGAAUCUAGAUCAUCAUCGCAUAUUGAGGACCUUAUUUCUUACCCAUAAUCUUAAAUAUUUUUCUCUCUUCUGUUUAUCUGCUAUAAGAAGGAAUAUGUUUUGUAUUGAAGUUAUGUUUUCCACCUAAGGGUAAAUCUAAAAUGCAGCCAGUUUCUUUGAAAUAAAGACACAUUAAUAUUUGCACACGACUACUGAGAUAUUGUUUCUCCUACUAACAAUUUUAUAGUGACCACUUAGGAAAGGGAGGAAAAAUUCUUUUGAAGCUUCCUGUCAUCUAUACUGACAUAUUGCUAAGGUUUUAAACACACAUAUAACUUUCCUGGUAUUAAGCACUUGUACUCUUCUUUUUGAUAUGCAAGUUAAUGGGCUAAGGAAGUAAAUUUCCAUAUCAAGGGAUGAUAAAGAAACAAGAUGAAUAUUAAAUGCUGUGUAGUUUAGAGAGAAAAAUGAAAACUCAGGGAAGAGAAGAAUGAAGGAAGUUUGAUAACAUAUCUAAGAAUUAACUUGCUAAUGAUGUAGACUUCCCUAGUUUUUAACUCGUGGUGUCAUCAUAGGAAUGAAACAUUUUUGAAGCAAUAUGUAGCUGGGUGCAGUUGCCCUUCUUAGUGAAGCAAAGGAAGAAAGAUUAUCUGUUAUUUAGGAAGGCUAAAGAUAAACUUUUUCCUUUCAGUUCAGCUUCUCUGAACUAGGUAGAGAUUAAUACGCCAUGUACCACAAAGGAGAUAAAAUGAUAACUCUUUCAAAGCCCUCUUUUUUGCACCCUACUACUUCUCCCUCGAUCAUUCAUUUCUUAGCUUAGUUUUCCAUGUACUUUUGUUUAAGUAGAUUCAAACAGAAUUUCAAUGAUUCACCAAGUUAGGUUCAGGUGAGUCUUUGAGUUAAAUUUAACAGGUCACAUGGGGAUGUCUUUUCUUCAUUUGCAUGGCUUUAAUCUGUUAACCUGCUAGUCAAGAUAGGCUAAUACUUGUUGUCCUGCGCAAAAAUAGAAAUUCAAAGAAAGAGUUAAGGUCAGUGGCUUAUUCCAGGAAAAGUUUAUUUCUUGUUCACAUUAUCUCUCUCUCUCUCUCUCUCUCUCUCUCUCUCUCUCUCUCUCUCUCUCAGUCUGUCUGUCUAUCUAUCUAUCUGUCCUUAUUUGGAUUGGGGGACCUAGUUGUGAGUGACAAAUACAUAGUCACUUAUGGACCUAUACUUAUGGAGCUUCCAUAGUUUUUAACUUCAUUUAACCAGGACUGAUGGCUCAAUUCUCCAUUGGUCAUGGCACAGUAAGAGAGACUGAAAGCCAUGGCAAGGGAACAGACCUACUCACGCACACACAAUGUUCCUGCUGCCUUAACCUAGUACUGACAUAAAUCCUUUAGUAGCUCAUUGAUUAGAAUUUACCUACUGCAAAGGCAAUACAAAAUAUAGAUGAAUAAAUACAGUAUUUUGUGAGCUUGACUAUUUCUGCCACAUUUGAAAUAUUUUCCUUUUUUAGUGUGUACUUGAGUAUAAAUAAAAACAUCAUCAAAUACUUUAAUAUGAGAACAUACUUACAAAUAUUUCCCUUAGUAAAACCUUUCCACAGCUGGAUUUCACAUUACCUUAAGUCUAAAACCAUUCUUACCGUCAUAGUUUACUUAUAAUCCAUCUAUACUUAAAUAUUCCUUUUGUGUUUUCAGUUGAUCAGCAUUUCUAAUUCUUUGCUUUCCUCCUAGUUUCUUAAACUUGAUUGGUCUUAAAAUAUUGUUUUGCUGAACUAGAAGCCUUUACUGUUUUCAAAACUUUUUUCAUUAUUUAACAUGAUCUCAUUUCUAUAUAAAAUAUUCACCAAGAUGCCAAAUUCUUAUAAAAUGGUGAUCUAGAUUAUUAAUCUUAUAAUAAUUACAAUGUAAUAACUUGAGAGAAGAGUGCAUUUCUUCUCAUCAUUUGAAUAGUGCAUGUAAUGUUAUCUUGCCAUAGAAUUCUUAAAUUAGAUGGAAGGGGAUCAUUGUGAUUAUGAAUAAAAGAUUAGAUUGCUAAGACUGAGUGGAAUUAUUUGCAUAUACUGAUAAUAUUUAUCAAACCUUCAUGAAAAAUAUCCCUCUCCACUGACAGCAUUAGCAGAAUUAAACGACUGAAAGAUGAACAAACAUUUCAGUCAUGAUAAAAAUUGUUCCUUGCUUUUGAAUAAUGAUUUGUGGUUUACAAAUUCUUUGAUAUAGCUCUGGAAGAAAGGAAGGUAUUGUUACAGUAUUUCCAUUUCACAGUAAUGGAAACUGAUCAUGUACUUGAGAAUCAUUAGAGGUGGCUUGAAACUCAGCUUUUCUGGUUUAUAGACAUUACAAAGUAGAAAACAUUACCAUGCAGUCACGAAUUCACAUCUACAACAGCAAAUCACCUUUUCAAAAAAUGAAGUGCUUUAUAACGCUUGCAAAAAUAUUGUGGUCACCUUUCAUAUUUAUAAGUGAGUAUAUUUCCUAAAUUUGUAAUAAAGAUUCUUUGUACUGUAAGAAAUAGAAAAAUGUGGGCCCUUGGAGGGCAAUGGAUCUGAGUACGAGGAAGAAUUUAAUUCAGAGAACAUAUAAGCCUAUCAUUGCUCUGAAUAUAGUGGAGAUAGGGAAAAAUACAUUUCUUUAAAAAUUUUGUAAUUUAUUUUAAAAGUUGUUUAUUGCCUAAGUAUAAUUGUUCUUUUUUUUUUUUAAUCAGUUACCAGGGAUCGAACUCAUGACCACAUGCUUGUAAGGCAGGUGCUUAUCCUGCUGAGCUAAAUCCCCAGCCCCUAACUGUCCUUUGAAAUUAGUGAUUUAUAGUCAGAAAUUACUCUUAUGGUUGUGCCAAAACAAACAAGGAAAAAUGACAACAUUUUUAUUGAGGACCAGGACCAUAAAGAAGUCUAUUUUAGAUAGGAUAGUGUGAACUUCUCUAAUAAAAAUCAUGCAAUAGGCAAAGAAUAAAUUAGUAUCUAUGCAAUUCCAGAAUAUCUUCAGAAACUGAUGCAAAGCAGCAGUUGGGGGUGUUUCAUGUAAUGUUGUAACUAGAACUAUCACAAAAGAAUUUUCAAAGAAACUUGUAAUUAGAGGCAUGAAAUAUAUUAUUGCAUUGGAUCUAGUAGUAAAGAAAAAGUUGCUAUCUGGAAGAAAUGAUUAACUGGAAAUAUAUGAAAUGUCUUAGACUAUAGUUCCCUGAGCUUGUAUAUGAUAUGUAGAACUUUGGGUGAUCACUUAUCUUUCCUUUUCAUUUUCCAUAAUUAUGCAGUUAGAAAGUGAUAUCUUUCAUGUAAACAUUACCAUUUUUGAAUUCUUUUUGGUAAGAACAAUUUUGUGGGUAAGAUAUGAACUCUCGUGCUUUGGCUUUAACAUUCAGUGGUUGCUUUCCUUAAAAGAUGAUAAAAGAAUGAGACAAUGUGAAAGGAUUAAUAUCCAGAAGAACGAAACAUUCAAAGAGUGGAGAGAGAGGUGAGAAGCUGAUGUGGUACUAGUGGUAAGAUGGUGAUCAGGAUAGGACUGAGGACCUAUUUCAGCAACAUUACAGCUUUAAUGAGGGCAUAUCUUAAUGUAAAUUAACCUUCUAUUGUUGUUUGGUUAAUAUUGUAUUUGAAACCUUAGAAAGGAGAUCCUGCCAUUUGUGACAGCUUGGAUGAAUGUGGAGAAAAUUGUGCUAAGUAAAAUAAGCCAGACACAGAAAGGGAAAAUACUGCUCAGUCUCUAAAUCUAAAAAGGCAACUACAUAGAAACAGAGUAUAAAAUGGUGCUGACCCGGGUUAGAGAUGUCUGUGAGGAAAACUGAAGUUGGUAAAGCAUAGAAAUUGACAUUUAUAAGAAUAAAUUAUGGGGGGCUGGGAUUUAGCUCAGCAGCAUAAGUGCCUGCCUGGCAAGCAGGCAGUUGUGAGUUCGAUGCCUGGUACCAAUAAAAAGGAAAAAGACAAAAAAAAAAAAAAAGAAUAAAUUAUGAGAAACACAGAAUAUUGACUAUUAUUAAUGAUAAUAUAGUGCAUACUUGAACCAUGCUAAAAGAGUAGAUUUAAAAAAUAUACACACACACACAAGCCAUGUGACGUGAAGGAUAUGUGAAUGAGGUUGAUUGUGGUAGUCAUUUUACAAUUUAUAUGUGUAUCAAAAGAUCAUGUACCAAAAAAAAAAAGAUCAUGUACAUCUUGAA